CAACAUAAAUCUACCUGUCAGGAGACGCGUGAUAUUCACCGCUGCUGGAGAAUUUGAUCCUAAUGUAACGUUAACCGUGUCCCUGCUGCCAGACACAAGUAACGGUACAGCCGCAGGAAGCUAGCUAACGCUGAAUCCAGCUCAAAACAGUUUGAUGUGGCGUCACUUAUAAACGCGGUGAAGCGACUCUGACACAACGUCUCCGUUAGAUGAGCCACUGUAUGACACGAAGGGAAGCAUUAACCCGGGAAGGCUUUAAGCAGAGCCGUGACGUGUUGUCCUCUGCAAACACUGAACAAAAAGUUGGAAACAGUUUAACCAAGGAGCGCUAUAUUCUGGGCUGAAGUGUAGGAAUACGGCAGAGAAGAUGAUGGAAGAGAGUGGGAUUGAGACUACGCCACCUGCCAGCCCUACACCACCUCUGUCUGUGGCGGCGACAGUCAGCGCCCCGCCAAUGUCUAUAGGUCUGUCCAGCCCUCUGUCCCUCUCAGGAACCAGCUCCUUCAGUUCCCCCUCGGUCUCUGCCUCUCUCGCCCCUGCUCCCUCCCUCCCUGCUUUCAGCAGCCCCUUAGCCACGCACCCCUCACUGUCCUCCCAUUUCCCCCCUCCCUCGACCCUCUCCUCCCCCUUCACGAGCAGCUCUUAUUUUCCUCCUUCCACCUCCCCUUCUCUGCCUCCCCCGGCCUCCUUCGGGGGACUGCCUCCCCUGUCGGCCCCUCCCUCGGGCCCUCCUGUGUCCAGCUUCUCCAUGAGUGCGGGAUAUGACAUCACGCGGGGUCAUGCCGGCAGAACACCACAGACUCCAUUGAUGCCAACGUUCUCCGGUCCUACGGCCAUGCCGGGUGUAGUGCCAAACCCCAUGGUGCAGCAGCCAGCCAUGACAGGAGGAGUAGAUACGGGGUCUCCCAUCACCUUCCCCGAAGAGCAGGAAGACCCAAGAGGGCCUGAACACACCAGCACUGGUGGAGGCAUCUGGGGCUUUUUCAAGGGAGUAGCAGGUAACACUGUGGUGAAGACGGUCCUGGACAGAACUAAGCACUCUGUGGAGUCCAUGAUCACCACUCUGGAUCCCGGCAUGGCUCCAUACAUCAAGUCCGGCGGGGACAUCGACAUAGUGGUGACCUCAGACAAGGAGGAAAAUGUGGAGGCGGUCAGAGACGCCUUCCAGGAGGUUUUUGGGAUGGCCCUGGUUACUGGAGAGCCCGGUCAGUCCAACAUCGCCCCGCAGCCUGUGGGCUAUGCCGCCGGUGUCAAGGGGGCUCAGGAACGCAUUGACAGCCUGCGUCGGGCCGGUGUGAUCCACGAGAAGCAGCCAGUGGUCUCUCUGGAGAACUUCAUCGCUGAGCUCUUUCCUGACAAGUGGUUUGACAUCGGCUGUUUGAUCCUGGAGGACCCCGGUCACAGCAUUCGCAUCGAGGUCUUCACUCAGGCAACUCCUCUGGCUCUGGAUCAUGUCCAACAGGCUCAGUCCCUGACCCCUCCUGACUACAGCCUGCGCUGGUCCGGCCUCAUCGUUACAGUGGGCGAGGUUCUGGAGCGCAGCGUGCCCAACAUCAACAGGACAGACUGGCACCAGGCCAUGACGGGCAUGACCCGGCGCCAAAUGAUCCAGAGCGCUGCCAAAGCACUGGCUGGAAUCUACAAACAGCAGCUGCCGCCCAGAACUGUGUGAGGCGGCGCGGUUCCAGUGUCGGUCACGUACUGGGAGGAGGUGGAGACAGAGACACACCGGAGGAAGAAACUAGCUGAUGGGACAGCAAGGCUCCUGGUGUCUCCCCGUCCAUCCUCCAUCUGUCCUUCCAGAGGCAAAGCCAAAUGCACAUUUCUUCUGAAGAUGUUACCGUUUCUGCUCACAGAUGUUUCCUGACAUUCCAACACUGAAAGGCCGUCAGAUAACAAGUCAACACUCGCCUACUCAGGCUUCAAAGCAGACGUAACCAUCAACUGAUCAUCUUGUCACCCUCCUUAAAAGGUUACACAUUGUGUUUAUUAUUAUCAACAACCUUAACACACAUUUCUCGUUUUGUUUAUGAAGGCUUAUGGUUAUUGUAGAGACUGUGUCCCGGUUAUGUUCUAUAUACUAGAAGUCAUCACUGAGCCAACAUUCUACUCCUAAUUUUCCUCGAGGCUUACUUGGGUGAAAGAUUGGCAUCAGCCCACAAACCAAUGGUUGACAUCAGGAUGACUCCGUCCACUUAUGACUACGUGCACUUCUUAUACUCUGUCUAUGGGUGUGACGUAUGGAAGGUGGUCGAUAUACAAUAGGACAUUAUCAAAUAGAAAGUAUAUGUUAAUGGUCAUUUUAUUACAGAUCUUUUCAAUAAUUUCAGGAUUAUAAUUCUGUCCUAUAAUGUAGGCUACUAUGAGGGGGCGUGGCGUGAUGUGGGCGUGGUUUGAGGUGCUACUGAGGUGCAAUUGGCCGCAGCCAUGGACCACAUCGGGAACUACCUUUACAAGGAGCGCCAUAUUUUUCUUGCAAGCCAAUCAGAGCAGACUGGGCUUUUUAGGGAGGGGGGCUUAACGAGACAAUGAUAUGUCCCCUUUAAAUAGCUGGUAAAAAUGUUAUUCUAAGGAUCUUAUAGUUUUUUAUUCUUGCUGUAAAUAACUUCUCCUUUCUUUGUUUGAGGAAAAUGUCCCUCAGCCAUGGCCUCCUUAACUUGCUAGAGGGCCCUGUGGAUCAAAUGAGCAGCCGGGCCCCUAUUGACCCCCUGCUUAUUCCUAUGCUUACUGCUUAUGCCAAAUUCAUGUAAUUAUUAGUUGUGUGGCCAUUUGAUUAAACACAAAUAAAUGUGUUAAUAUGCAAACUGUUGAAUAAGGAAGUAAAAAUAAUAAAGGUAUUGAAACUACAUUUUGACACAGGAUCGGGGGCCCUGAGACUGUUUCCAGUAGGAGCUUUUUAAAGCACUGACUCGAUAUGAAGCACCUGUGCUGAAACUGGUUUAUUGUUUUGAAGCAUUUGAUCUGGUCUAAAUGGGGAUCUCUACUGGAAACAACGGGUGAGAAUAGAAGUAGUCUCUCUUUGGCGGCUGUGAACGGUUCAUCCUUAGUGCUCUGCUUUGCUCUGUUCCUAAGCUCACAUUGGCUUCAGCACCUCACUCUAAAGUUAAGCAAGUCAAGUCUGCAUGCUGCUCUUUCUUUGUAUACUUAAUUUGGUCCUUUUUCUAGCGUCAAUCCAUUUAGAAUCAGUGUAUAGUGUGCAACUGGGACACAGCCAGAAUGGUCUGAUGGGCUUAAUUAUGUUAUGUUUUAUAUAUAAUGUAUUAGUUUUAAACAUUCAUUGAUUCUCUCUUGUUUUACUUCCAAAUAUUUGUAUGUAUGCGCUCAUUGCUAACAACACAUUUUGACCCAUGAGUAACAGUAACCUGUGAUUGGAUAAGAAGGAUACAUUGGUUUAUUUCCUGCUCCUUCAGGCAGUUCAAACACUGUCAGAAAGAGUCUUCACUCACACAGUAGCCUAAACACUGUCUAUGAAGUUUGAGUUGAAAGAGCGUUCUCCUGUGUGUGUGUCGUGUCCCCUAAAUGUGCCUUUUUACACAAAUAAAAUCAAUUCCUUUUUCAUGCUGGUCGGUAUCAACGCUACAUUUUUAUUCCACACUAACUUUUUAAGCAGGUUAAUGCAAAGAUGCAACCUGUAAGAGGACAUUCUACAGUUGAAUGUAAACAUAGUGUUUGGGUACGGCCCGUGGGAAAACUGCGGCCCCCUGACCUUUUUUUAAUGACCUGUGGUGAGUUUUUCCAAAAUAUAUUAGAAUAUGGCUUGAGCAUAUGACUAGUUUUUUGCACUGUAUGCAUAUUACAAAUUCUAGUUUCAAACACUAGAUGUCAACUAAACUCUGUGAAUUUAUCUCGGUCUCGCCUCUUGGCACAGAAACCAAAAUGUUAUAAUUUUUGCCGGUUCUGUUUGAUACAUUCUAAUGUUAGAUUCAGAGAUUUACAUUUUACAGUCACAUUUGAUUGGUUAUCUUUUAACACGGCCUUGAGGCCAUGAACAGAAACUGAUGUAGGUAUUUGGUCAUUUCUGCUUGUUUUAACAUAACGUAUUCACAUAUUUACACAUAUAAUGUUUUAAAUGGGCUAUGCACUGUAUUAGAGUUUUAAAUUAUUGGAAUAAUUUAAAUGAAAUGUAAGAGACACAUUUAGUUAUAUGCGGGCA